AGUUCGUACUCGUAUAAAACAUCCAAGACGUGUAGCACGUUUUAUUGUUUUAUAGUCUGUCCGAUUUGACGUUUCUGGUUGUUGUCUAAUGGCUAUAACUUAGUACUGAUUAUAAUAAAUAGUAAGAGAUUGUGUCUAUCGUCUGUCGUCGCUAUCGCUGUUGCUCAUUGCCUUCCUCGUUCGUUCGUGCGACAAUCAUUGAAACCAUCCGUUCUUGUCCGAAAACCUAUUCUGUUUAUAUAAUUUAAACGUAACAGUUAGGAAAUCGUUGUUUUAUGAAACGAAUCUUUUUAGUUGUUUGUUCCGUUAAAAUAUUAUUUUGUAAUCCGCUUCUGUUUUUUUUUUUAAAUUUAAAUUUAAAUAUUUAAUAAUAUUAUAGUAAUAUACAUUAUAAAUUUGACUUCAAGUAUAUUACUUUACAUUUAAUGAAGUAAUGGCCGUUUGCAGUUCAGUAGUGAAGACUAUUGUACCUGAUUACAGUAAUGGCGACUGUGUCAAAUUAUGUAGUGAACACUACUGGCCACCCAAAGAUGAAAACAAUCAAGUUUAUCGACAUUUACCUCCAACCACAGACACUGUGCUGACAAAACCAUUUCCAAUUAGAGGUGAACGUCUAAACUAUGUCAACACGCCGCACGUUAUCGCCAUGGUCGGACUGCCGGCGCGAGGGAAAACUUACAUUUCGAAAAAACUUUCCCGGUACCUUAACUGGAUCGGUAUCAACACGAAAGUUUUCAAUCUCGGAGAAUACCGGCGUCAUGCCACCACUGCGUAUAAAUGCCAUGAGUUCUUCCGUCCUGACAACGUUGAAGCGAUGGCAAUUCGAACGCAAUGCGCAAUCGAUGCGCUCGACGAUGUCUGCGCGUGGCUGGACAACGGCGGCGAAGUCGCUGUGUUCGAUGCCACUAAUUCAACGAUUGAGCGUCGACAAUUGAUAUUAGAUAUCGUUGUAAAAAAACGAGGGUUCAAGUUAUUCUUUGUCGAAUCAGUGUGCGAUGACCCAAAAAUAGUCGAACAAAACAUAAUGGAAGUGAAGAUUAACAGCCCGGACUACCAGAGUAUGGGUGCUGACGCGGCACUCAUGGACUUUUUACAGCGGAUAGAGCACUAUCAGGAACGGUACGAACCACUUGAUGAGGUGACCGAAUCUGAAUUGAGCUUCAUGAAGAUAUUCAAUACUGGUGAAAAAGUGUUGGUGCGCAAACACGAGGGUCACAUACAGGCACGCAUCGUCUACUAUCUGAUGAACAUUCAUAUCAUUCCAAGAACCAUUUAUCUUACUAGACAUGGUGAGAGCGAAUGGAACAAGGAAGGAAAAAUCGGCGGUGAUUCCCAACUGUCGCCAAACGGUGUCAAGUAUGCCAUCGCAUUGGCCAACUACAUAAACGAACAGAAUAUCAAAAACCUUCGGGUGUGGACGUCGUGGCACUACAGGACCAUUCAGACCGCGAGCGGCGUUCGAGCUCCACAGGAACGAUGGAAAUCGUUGAACGAAAUCGAUGCGGGUGUAUGUGAUGGUAAAACAUACGCAAUGAUCAAACGCGAGUAUCCUGAGCAAUUCGCAGCCCGUGACAAGGACAAGUUUGCAUACCGUUAUCCGAGAGGUGAAUCGUAUGAAGACCUGGUUGCCCGGCUAGAACCGGUGAUUAUGGAGCUGGAAAGACAGGGAAAUGUUCUGGUGGUCAGCCAUCAGGCAGUGUUCCGGUGUUUGYUGGCGUAUUUCUUAGACAAAAACUCAGAAGAGUUACCAUACUUAGAAGUGCCCUUGCAUUCGCUGAUAAAACUUACACCUGUUGCGUACGGUUGUAAAAUGGAGCAAAUUAACUUUUCCAUCGAUGCUGUCAAUACACAUCGUCCCAAGCCUCAGAAUUUGCUUAAAAACCAAAGACACAAAGAUUUGCCUACAGUCUUCGAUAACACCGGCACCAGAUCUACUAAUACGGAACCGGGAUUUCUAGAGGACCGUUUCAGAGAUGAUGUGGAAGACGACGUCGGAAGUGGCGACAGUACGAAUGGAAAAAAGGCGAACAACGGAGAUGCCACACUGCCCACUUAACUUACAAUCCACCACCAUACGACCACGACCACAACUAUAAUAUUACUAAACUUUUACCAUGCUGGGGCCGCACCACCUUUUCUGUUUGUGCGCACGCCGUCAGAAACAACUGUGUUUCUGCAGUGGAGGUCGUAAUGAAGAAGGCAUUGUCCACGCACUAAAAAUAAAAAUAAUUAAUUACCCAUUAUUAUUAUGUAUUGUUUCCGUAUUGGGGAAGGGGUAAAAUGGUGAAUUUUGAUUAUUUUUUUUAUAUAUAAUUUAAUAUUUAAGAAAUAUAUAUAUUUGUGUGUUUGUGUGUUUGUGUGUG